AUGAUUGCCUCCGUCUACAUCGCCUCCACCCUCCUCGCUGCUGGUCAGCUUGUUGCCGGCCACGCCGCCAUCAUCCAGGCCCAGGGCGACCUCGGCGGUCUUGGCUCUGCCAUUGCUGUCGACGCCUCCACUCCUCGCGAUGGAACCCGCCGCAACCCCUUCCAGGCCGACUCGACCCGCUUCCGCGGCGAGGCCGCCGACGGAUGCGGUGAGACAAUCGGUGCCGGCACCAACAACGUCGAGAGCGGCACCGCGGCCGUCAUGGCUGCCAUGGGCGCCACCCUGCCCCAGGUCAGCGCCGGUGGCUCGCUCACCAUGACUCUGCACCAGGUCAACGCCGACGGCGCCGGCCCUUACACCUGCAUGAUUGACGCCACUGGCACCGGCACCAACUGGACUCCCAUCACCGUCACCACCAACGUCGAGGGCGACCAGCGUGGCCGCAACCGGGACGGACAGGUCCAGGACCACCCCCUCAUUGCUGCCAUCCCCGCUGGCCAGACCUGCACUGGUACCGUUGCCGGCCAGUCCAACGUCUGCAUGGUCCGCUGCGAGAACCCUGCCCGCGCCGGUCCCUUUGGUGGCUGUGUCCCCGUGCAACUGGCUGCUGGUGGCGCCGCCGCGCCGGCUGCUGGCAACGGCACUGCCAUCGCCAAGCCUGCCGCGGGCCUCACCCAGGACGACCAGGAGGAGGAAGUCGACAACUAA